UUUUUUUAAUUUCUGUUCUUCUUCCAAUUCAAUUUAGUUCAAUUUGCUUUCGGUAUAUAUUAUUUCGCUUCAUUUUCUCCCGUCUCUUAUUAUCUUGGAGUUUAUAAAGCAAAACCAACUAAGGACGAGCCUCAACAAACAAAUAGACAAUGUUUGGACAGUUCGGCGCAAUCACACGGCAGCUCUCGACACGCCGCUUGGCACAGAACAGCAGUUUUGUCAGCCGCGGUUUCGAGGAGUUUUUUGAAAAGGGACAGCGGUUGCCCACCGGCAGAGAUCAGACAGGUCGCUCGUGGGCGGCCAGCGAGUUGAGACAAAAGAGCUGGGAGGAUCUGCAGAAGCUAUGGUAUGUAGUUCUCAAGGAGCGCAACAUGCUGGCCAGCCAGAAGGAGGAGAGCCGGCGGCUGGGUGUUCACGGCCAGUUCUUUAGCAAUAAGAGUCGGAUAAUCAAGUGCAAACAGACCAUGGCUCGCAUAAAGUCAGUUUUGGGUGAGCGCGAGAUCGCUUGGAAGAAGGCGCAGGAGGAGCUUGCCGCACAGGCGGUUCAGCAGAAGGGCGCGAUCGUUGCCGGAAAGACAGCAUCGGCCACAGAAUCGACGACCGUGGGAGCCACAGAGGUCCGUGUCCCCGAGGCCACAGCCGCGUGAAAACGCUCACAACGUAUUUUCUAGAGUAAUUAAAAAAAUUCAGCAACCAUCGUGUUCGACAGGACA